CUAUCCAGAGACAAAAUCGCAAAACAAACGUGCUGAAAAAAGGCUGAAAGAGUCCGGAGAGCGCGUUUAUUUUUGAGAAAAAGCAUUUUCUAAAUGAAAAAUGGCUGUGCGGCCUCAAAACAUAAAUGACGGUGGUAUUGUAGAGCGUCGACUACGGCCAAUUUACGACUGGUUGGAUAAUGGAAACAAUAAAAAAGCCCUGCAAGAAGCAGAGAAAGUGUUGAAAAAGAGUCCGGCUUUGCAAGCGGCUAGAGCUUUGAAAGCCCUGGCGCUUUUUAGGUUAGGUAAAGCAUCAGAGGCGCACCAAUUAUUAGAUGCUCUUGCUGAGGAGAAACCGAGUGAUGAUACCACUCUUCAAGCGAUGACAAUAACAUAUAGAGAGUCUCAACAAUUACCUAAAGCAUGUGCACUGUACGAAGCAGCAGUGAAAGUGGAUCCGACUAAUGAGGAGCUGCACUCCCAUCUGUUCAUGUCCUAUGUCCGGAUUGGUGACCAUCUGUCCCAGCAAAGGGCCGCGAUGACUCUAUAUAAGUUCGCACCCAAAAAUCCUUACUAUUUCUGGGCAGUGAUGAGCAUUGUUUUACAGGCAAAAUCAUCAGAGGACAGCAAGAAAAGAGGUCUUUUGCUCACUCUUGCUCAACGCAUGGUUGACAACUUCAUAGCAGAAAACAAAAUAGAUGUUGAACAAGAGGCUAGGCUGUACAUAAUGAUUUUAGAACUUCAAGAGAAGUGGGAAGACAUUUUGAAGUUUGUUCAAGGUCCUCUUUACAGUAAAUUAAACCCGUGUUACACGGCACAAGCAUGCAUUCCGUAUUUGAAGAAACUCGGACAAUGGAGGAAGCUUAACCUUCUCUGUAAAGAGCUGUUAUGGGAUAACCACGACAGAUGGGACUAUUAUUUACCAUAUUUUGACUCAGUGUUUGAAUUAAUGAAAGAAACAGAUGGGGAUAAAGAAAGUCCAGUGGACAAUACAGCAGAGAAAUGUCAUGAAUUUAUAUGUCAAUUGCUCGAGAGUGAUUCCUCAGGGAAGCAGUUACGGGGGCCUUAUUUAGCAAGGUUAGAGUUAUGGAAGCGGUUAUCGGUGGAUGGUGAUCCGACGGAGUUGCUCGGCAGCGGGGUUGCGCUGUGUGUGCAGUAUUUGAGAGUGUUUGCAAAGAAGCCCUGUGCUGUGCCGGAUAUGAGGCCGUUUUUAACCAUGAUCCCGCAACAGGAGAGGGAGGAGCACUGUAGGGAUUUCUUGACGUGUUUGGGCUUCGAUGAGAACAGUGAACCUGAAACUACGGAAGACGUCCAACGUCACAUUUCGUGCUUGAUAGCGUGGCGGCUGACGGCGAAGCCCCUCAAUGCUGAGGAGAACCUCGCGCUGGCUGAACUUCUGAGGAGGCAUUACCUGCGCUCUGUGGAGAGGAAACUCUUGACGGCCACAGUUACUGAGCUCUGUGCUGUAGACGUGUACGGAAUAUUCGCCGCGCAUCAUUAUUUCUAUGCUGCUAUGGAUCUACAAAGCUCUGCUCCUUUGGUGGAAGCUCUCCAUUUGUUAGAGUUGGUGCUACAGAAUUCUCCCGCCAAUUUCCACGCGAAGCUACUGCUCAUCACGAUGUAUCAUAUUCUUGGUAACGCCCUUGCCGCGGAUAGUGUAUACCGCACGCUGGAAGUGAAGCACAUCCAGCUGAUGUCGCUGGGCUGGCUGCACGCGGCGCGCCUCACUCCCGUGGCCGCCUCCAGGGCGCUGCAGCUGCUGGCUGACACCAGGGCCUUCCACACUCACCACAGCAAGGACAGCAUGGAACACUUAACGUACGCGUACAAGUAUGGAACAUUCGAGAAACUAGUGGAGCUGAUAUCGUGGAACAGCCGCCUGGAGGCGUGCCAGUGGGCGGCGCUGGCGCCGCGCGAGAGCGCGCUGCUGGCGCUGCUGGCCGGCCCGCCCGCGCCGCUGCACGCGCCGCCGCCCGCGCCGCGCGCGCCCACUGACAACCGAGAUCUGAACGUGAUAGUGACGUGGCGUCCGCCGCAGUACCACGACCCUGAGCUGAAGAGUCGCACCUUUGACCAGGACGUGGCGUAUCUGAGGCUCAAAGACGCCCUGGUGUCAGCCAUCGCGCUUUGUAUAGAAUCAGCUGAUACCAGAACGGUGGAAGAGAAAAAGCCGCAAUACGAAGAACUAGUGACGUGUAUAGACGCGUUCAGUACGGCCAUGACGCUUUGCAAGGAGAAAUACAGCGCCAAGGAGAAGAUCAGUAUAGAUGGACCGUUCCCCUCUAGGAUCAUCGCAUUCGUAAAUUCCGAAGUGCCAUAUCGGGAGAUGUACUCGUCCACUCUCCGCAUGGUGGGCGAGUUGGCCGUGGCCCGCCGUGCGCAGGCGCAGCAGCUGUGCGGCGAAGUGCUGGGAAUGCUAGGGCAGGCAGAGCAGGCGCUGCAGGUGGAUGUAACGGCGAUCAGCACAGCGGAGGAUCCGGCGUGGAUUAUGCGGGAAGUUUUGGAGAAUAUUUCUAACUAUUUAGAGUUCAUAGGCAUCAUAACGUUUCUACUGGGCGUCUGCAAUGAGCUGGUAGCACCCACGAACGCCAAGAAGUCCAAGAAGAAGACCAACCAAUCGCCGGACGAACUCAAAACAGUAGAAAAUCUCAACAAACUGAACGGAGCCGUCCAAAACACGAUCGCUUAUCUCGAAAACGUCUUCGAUAACUGGCCCCAAUAUGAAUGCAAAACGACGCUUGAAGAGGAAUUAGAAAAAUUAAAAUUAAAUAAUAAAGCAACAACAUCGGUUGAGCAAAAAUUAAAAAAUGGACGCCGAGACAUGAUAGAUGACGUAAAGAAAAUUCUCAAAAACAAAACGAAAUACUUGAAAAGUCUUAUACAAUGAGUGGCCUUGUUCGGCGGCGUACGUCAUACUGCGGUUUUGUGAUACUAGUCAACUUUUUUCCGUUUGGUUUAUUUAGCGGCAUUAAAAGAAUAUUGAGAAUGUAAAAUGGUUCAUAUUGAGUCAAAGAAAAGAUGGAUAAGUACAAACUUCCAAGUACUAAAUGUCAAAAGCCACCGAAGCAUCUAAGCAUUUCUUUUUUCUAUUCCUAACACACUUUCACAUCACAACAUUCCCUUAUCACACUCUUCCUUUCCUGUCACUCAAUUUUACACCGAUCUAGUCGUUCACUUCUACCGCGUUAUAUUCUACUCUCAAACCAGUUUCGCUAAACUUUCCCAUACAUUAGUGUUGGGAUCAACACGCCAGACGGGCCUUUCUAUGCCAUGAGUAAACCCGGCUAAGUAGAUUUCUUAACUGGCUGCCUGUUUCUGAAGGUUUACUGGUAGGAAAGGCCGUUCCGCAUUAAGUUCCUCUUGUUGCUCGAAAUUAGGUAGCGAAGUUUGUUGCUCAUUCUCUUCUUUCAUCAGCUGUGUCCAUCUAAGAUUUUAUUUACAAAAAAUAAACUUCAAUCAAAUAAGUACCUGUAGAUAUAUGUUUUAUAUAAUGUCACAUAUUUCGCUUCGCAGUAUGACGUACGAAUCGCACAUAUAUUUAGUAUUAAUAUUAAAAACAUAUCUUGUAAAUACUCCUUAUGAGACGCGUAGAUACUUCCUACUAAUAUGUGAAUAUAAUAAAUUAUUUGUUUAUUUGCAAUUUUUGUUUUUAAUUACUCUCGCUAGAGUCAGAAAUUGUACCAGGGUAGAUAUUUGCUUCCAUGGUUUGCAUUGUAUGCAAUAUGCAGAACAAAUAUGCUAUUAAUCUAGAGACAGAAUUAAGAAUAUUUCAUUUUCAGUGCAUGAGAGAACUUGUUAAGAAUGUUUCGAGGCUUUAGCCGAAUGGAUUGUUAUUGCAAUUUUGCAUUUAUAAUUAUAAUUUAUAUUUA